ACUAGUACGGAAUUAAAGGUACUUUCAGCCGUUGCGGUUUGUAAGCAGGAGCACUUCUGGGAAAUCUACAAUCAUCUGAUUUUAUACAAGAUUUAACUUAAAAAAUUUUAUCCAGUUAAAUUCAAGAUAUAUUCGCUAACGUAAUCCCGGCGAGAUUUCUCAGCACAACACAACGAGAGACGGAAAAAGUUCGUAUCUGCCAACACCCCGGAAUCGCUGCUGUGGUUCGAACUAGCUAACGUUAGCUAGCAUUAGCAGCGCAGACCGGGGCCCAAGUCAGUGACUUUCCUAGAUAACAGGGAAUUUAAGGUGUUCUGUUGUAGAUUUUUUUAGACGUAUUCAAGCGUAAUGGCUUGCGGGGCUACUCUGAAAAGGACCCUGGACUUUGAUCCGCUAAUGAGCCCGGCUUCCCCGAAAAGGAGGAGGUGCGCCGCGAUCAUGUCUCCGGUCUCUUCACCACAGAAGUAUCUACGUAUGGAGCCCUCGCCGUUCGGGGAAGUGUCGUCCAGACUCACUACAGAGCAAAUUCUACACAACAUUAAACAAGAGUACAAGCGGCUGCAGAAACGACGACACCUGGACAGUGCUUUCCAGCAGGUAGACGGCUGCUGUCCUCUGGAUCUGCAGAACAUUCACAGUGGAUCUGCCCUACCAGGUACGUCCUCAGGUGCCUCAUCCCCCACCAGGAAAGAGCAGCCUUUAUUUUCCCUCAAACAGGUUGGAAUGAUCUGUGAAAGACUACUGAAGGAGCGCGAGGACAAAAUCCGUGAGGAGUACGACGAGAUACUGACGACGAAGCUUGCAGAGCAAUAUGAUGCUUUCGUCAAGUUCACACAUGACCAACUGAUGCGAAGGUUUGGAGAACAGCCUGCCAGCUAUGUUUCCUGAGUGUUGGCGUUGGAUAUGAGGGAAUACUAUUAGCUACAAGCUACUCCAGGGACUGAUUGGAUCUAGUUGAACUUUUCUCCUAGCUGUGCCAUAUCGCCUCUAUGUGGACUUACUGCCUCAGGCAUCAGUUAGUGGCAUCCACGUUUGCUGUGUCUACCAGAGUUAGGAGAGCUUCCUGCUGCCAACGUGUCCGAGGACUUUCUGUGACUCUACCAGUGGCCUCUUAACUGCCGUGUCAAUAUUUAUUUGGCUUUGUUCUGAUGCCUUCAUAAAAGGCUGACUGCCAUCACACACUUGGCCUUCUUAUUUUAUUUUUAUUUUCCAGUCAGAUUUAGUUAUUUCACAGAGGGGUUGUUAGUUGUGCAGCUUCUCUUAUGUACAUUUUGAAAAAGGGAUCGGACAUUGAGGAGUGGGCAAACCAAGACCACCUCUAGACUGGACUGCAGAAACAGAUGUCUUGUUUUUUUAACAUUGUUUUAAAUUGUACUGGUGAUUACUGCUAUUACAUUUGUAUACACUGUACUUUUUUAUUUUUUGCUUGACUUUUGUUUAUUGUACCAAGAUUUCUUGAUUUUUAUUUGCUGUAGGUAUAAAGGGGCUUUGAUUCAAGAAAAGUGAACGAAUAAAGUGUUUAAGCAAA